UCGCCAACGGGAAGGAGGAAAUAGCAGAAUGUACUCCCAUCUUUCAGGAGGUCGCGUUAACAUACAGCUCCUGCAAGAAACGGCUGUGCGUGAGUUUGUUGAAAUCCUCGAUCGCUGCGAAGGCACCAAGGCUAUCAUAUGGGAUGAAUCACUGGGCGGGCCGGUCGGGCUGGUGGCCCGUUACACCUUCCUGAAGGAGCACCAUGUAACGAAAAUGUAUCCCUUGCGGCCGGAACCGUGGGCCGAUAUUGAUGUGAAAAACAUUAUCUUUAUCACACGUCCCAAUCAAACGCUAAUGGACUACAUUGCGACGAACAUUCACGAGGAGGAAAAGAAGAAAAAAGUUUCCCGCAAAGAGUACUUCUUGUACUUCUUGCCAAAGAAAUCAUUCCUGUGCGAAAAACGGUUGCAGGUGAAAGGCGUUCACGGAAGCCUGUCGUUUAUUGGCGAAUUUCGGUGUGAUUUUUUCCCGUUCGAUAACGAUUUGCUUUCGAUGGAGCUGAAGGAUGCCUACAAGGAGCUGUACAUCGAAGGUGACACAAGCUGCCUGCAUCAGUCGGCUUGCGCUUUGAUCGGACUUCAGAAACUGUACGGUCGCAUUCCAAAGGUGUACGGGAAGGGAAGCUACGCGCAGCGCGUUUGGGAGAUAACUAAGGCAAUGGCUGAAGAAGAUGGACCAGCUAUGAACAACGAUAAGGGCGUGAUAGACCAGAUGAUCAUCCUAGACCGAUCGAUCGAUCUGAUGAGCGUGCUCGCGACGCAGCUUACGUACGAAGGUUUAAUUGACGAGAUAUAUGGUAUCAACAACACGACGGUCAACUUACCGGCCGAAAAAUUUUCCACCGGCGAAGGCCUCUCGACCGAGCGCAAUACCGAGAAAAGUCAGUUCAUUCUGAAUUCAAAGGAGCAGCUGUACGCCGAGUUGCGGGAUAAAAACUUCAACGCAGUCGGUGCGGUGCUGUCACGAAAAGCAAAAUCGAUCCGUUCGCGAGCAAAUGAAAACCAUGGAGAAAAGACCAUACAGGAGUUGAAAAAGUUCGUCGAAAGCUUGCCGCACAUUAAGGCGAACGAGCAGUCGCUGGCCACGCACACCACGAUCGCUGAGCUGGUCAAGGACGUGGUUUCAUCCGAUCUAUUUCUCGAUGAGCUGGGCUGCGAGCAAGAAUUUAUGAUGUGCUCAGACGUAGAGAAACCGAACUGUUUCAUCGAGGACAUGAUAGCGAAAGAGGCACCGUUGCGUAGUGUGCUGCGCUUGAUCUGUAUGCAAUCGAUCGCCGGAUCUGGCCUAAAGCCCAAAGUGCUGGACUAUUACAAGCGGGAGCUGGUGCAAGUGUACGGCAUACAAACACUGCUCACGAUCGGCAAUCUGGAAAAGACGGGCCUGCUACGCUUGCAGACAGGUUCGAGAACGUACCAUGUUCUACGCAAAACGUUAAAUUUAACGGCUGAAACCCCGGAAGAGGUGUCACCAAAAGACAUCACGUACGUGCACAGCAUUUAUGCACCAUUAUCGGUGCGCAUCGUAGAGCAGCUCCUGAAACCGACUGGAUGGCAAAUGCUGACUGAGAAGCUGUCGUCGCUUCCGGGGCCAACGUUUGAAGAUUUUCAAACUUCCGCUAGCCUAACUAACCGACGGGGUUCGUUCACCAGCGAGCUGUCGCAAUCGGACAUACCACGCGUGAUCAUCGUCUUCUUCAUCGGCGGUUGCACAUUCGCCGAGGUUUCGGCUCUACGAUUCCUAGCCACACAGGAGGACAACAAUGUUGAGUUCGUAAUCUGCACUACCAAGCUGAUUAACAAGAAUACGUUCCUGGAUUCGUUUAUUGAAACUUAA